AGAUGACACUCCCCAUGUCCCCAACGAGCAGCUUGGAGAAGAAAAAGUUCUGCACAUAAUAGGAAAUCUGACUGCUCUGAUAAAAGAGACAUUUCCAGGUACUAAAGUCUACGCGGCGAUGGGCAAUCAUGACUUCCACCCCAAGAAUCAGUUUCCUGGGAAGGAGCACAGGAUCUACACCCAAACAGCAGAACUGUGGCGGCCCUGGCUGAAUGAUGCCUCUGUUCCUCUCUUCAGGGCAGGAGCUUUCUACAGUGAGAAGCUGCCAGGCCCAGGGACCAGGGGACGGGUGAUUGUCCUCAAUACCAACCUCUACUACAACCAGAACAACGAGACAGCUGCUGAGGAGGAUCCUGGGGGGCAGUUCCAGUGGCUGGAAGAAACACUCACCAACGCCUCUAGAGCAAAUGAAAUGGUGUACAUCGUGGGACAUGUCCCUCCUGGCUUCUUCGAGAAAAAACGAGGCAAGGCCUGGUUCCGGGAGGGCUUCAAUGAGCACUACCUGGAGCUGGUGCGGCGGCACCACGGGGUGAUCGCUGCCCAGUUCUUCGGGCACCACCACACUGACAGCUUUCGCAUGCUUUACAGCCAUACAGGUUCUCCAAUCAAUGUCAUGUUCCUGGCACCUGGAGUGACUCCCUGGAAAACAACAUUACCUGGAGUGACCAAUGGAGCAAACAACCCCGGGAUCCGGGUGAUCGACUACGAUCCAGACACCCUUCAGGUGUUGGACAUGGUGACUUACUACUUGAACCUCACUCGUGCCAACACGAUGGGCUCACGGGGGGAGGAAGAGUCCCCGGUGUGGGAGGAGGAGUACAGGCUGACUGAAGCCUUCCAGGUGCCCGAUGGCUCCGCGCGCUCCAUGCACGAAGUGUUGGAGAGGCUCUCAGAGGACACACACUACCUGCAGCAGUACUAUGAGUUCAACUCUGCCAAGUACGACCUGGCCCCAUGCAAGCAGAGCUGCCGUGUGGAUCACCUUUGUGCCAUCAGGGAGGUCGAUUUUGCCAAGUAUGAGGAGUGUGUUGAAUCCAGCAGCUCUGGCUCUGCCACCAGCAGCCUUUGGCUUUUGGUUUUCUGCAUGUCCCUAGGACUGCUCAGGCCCUAG